AUGCCAUCUCGAGCCAACAGAAGCAGUGUCAAUUGCUGCACCAGCCGUACUCCCCCUUCUCCAGAUGGAGAACCACCUCGACUGGCCGUAUCCCCAGUCAAAACCCCUCAGCGAUCAGUCAACGUCGUACAUGAGUGCCGCAAAGAAUCCAAAGAACUUACAGAACCUAAAAAAACCAAAGAAUACAACCCACCCGAAGGAGCCGAUACCGCACUCAUACCUGUUGCAGAAGGUGUCGAACUUGAACUGGAUCCCAUAUUUGAAAACGGCAAUGCAAGAGCUGUCUCAGGCGAGCCAGAAAUCACACCUGCCCGGCAGGCAAGCACUUUGAAGCUGCGAAGCCUCCUGCUGGGAGAUAAAUCGGACACAGACGAAGAAUGGGAACAGAUCAAGCUAAAGAAGAGCUCGAGCACGUUGAGUGCUGUUAAACAGAAAUUGAAAAAGCACCUUUCACGAGAAACUACUUUAUCAAAGCGUCGAUCCGUUUCCAGCGUGGGAACGACAGACAAGGAAAUCGAGCGUCGAGCCGAAUUGAAACGCAUACGCCACAAGCGAAUCCAGCUGGAGUUGAGCAAUGAAGCCAGUUACGAUGAGGAUGCAAAGUCGCUUUCGUCCAUUGCCGAUGCCGAUACUACAUUGGGAACUACUAUCAAUUCAUCUUGGAAACCACGAGAAGCCAUCCCACUUCCACGACGAGUUAGCCCUUCUUUAUCAUAUCCAUCAUACCCAUUCCCAGCCGUUGCCGAAGGACCUUCUCUAAACGAGUGAGUUCUGCUACCCCAGCCCCAAGUUGAAAGUGGCUAACAGCUGGAAGGCAAAAUGAAAAGGCAGAAACAGACGCCAUCAAGGCGGAAGUUAGUCCAGACAAACUACCACAGAUUGACACAAUUAUUGGUACUUCCAGCGACGCACCGAAAAAAGAAGACCGGACGAUAAGUAGAUCAAGUGGUACGAUUUCCCAAAGACAUAGCUCUCCUAUUCUUCACGAUGGAGAUUCCGGCCACUUUGGGUUUCCGAUUGUAACUUGUCAGCAAGAGAGAAAACUAAGUGAAAUCCCGCCGAUUCCACCAGCUCCAGUCAUUGAGCCAAAGCGGCUUGCAAGCAUUCCGGAGCCAACAAGGUCAUCAUGGCGAUUAUCUUUUGUCUACAACAGCAAUUCCAAUCAAGAGUAUAAGAUCCCAAUUCCUGCCACAAUUGAAGAAACAACGAUGAGUGGGCCAACCCUGCGGAGAUGGCUUCAUGGUCAAGGACUUCGAUCCUCAUCCAAUCCAAUCUCAAACUUAGACAACAAGGACAUCUCUAAAAAUUCAUCGAAUCCAAAAACCCCAGCAUGCCCAGUCCCUCACGAUGUUUCGGGCGUCGAUGGAGGAACUGAGAGUGACUUGCAGACCCCACACCUCCAUCAAAUGGGGAUAUCACACCGGCUGGCUUCCAGAACUCUCAUGCCAUCUCCUUCAUCGCCUGAGCUGAUCGGUUGGGGUUCAGUCACUCGUGCUGAUUCAAGUAGUGACACUUCACUCGUUCGUAUUGAACGAUCCCGUUUCCUUAGAAACACCUCAGACUCCAUAGCUUUGAGUGGCUGCAUACCUCAAUCUUGGGGUAACGUAUUACAAGAUCAAACAUCAUCUCACUAUCCUUCCACAGGUAACAGCAUCCAGCCAUCUGCUGAAAGCUCUCGCUUCAACUUGGCAUCAAUUUUGGCAAGUAGCAUGAACAGCCCCGCAGCAUCCGAGAUUGACAGUAAGUUGUUCGCAAUCUUUCUACAAGCUUGAAAUUUUCACAUCGCUGAUUACGCCUCGCUUAGAAUUGGAAUUCCCAAAUCUGGAAAAGCCCUUGACCAUUGCGACGACAGCAAGUGACACAUCCCCUAGUCGACCGCUCCCGCUCACUAGACAACCCCGCAAAACAGCAUUUGAUGAUAGCUCAUUGCUUGUAUCCGAAACCGAAUCAUUCCGUGAACGAGAAGCAGAACUGAGCAUCGUCAAAACCAGAUUCGCUUCCGCGGAAGCCAGACGAAGCCCCAGCACACCUGUCUCCAGCAAAUUCCGAGAGGAGUUUGACUUGGAACCAAAAGCCGAUGAAACAUCAGUACCACGCAAGUCCUCGAGAUUUGGCAAAUUGGCAAAGUUCGCAAUCAAAUCAUACGACGGUCCUUCAUCUCCUCUUCAUCAUUCCAAGGAAGAAUUGCUUACGGUACCCGUUCCGGGAUUCAACCCCAAGCCAUCAGGACAACUUCAGAAGACAGAAGACCCAAUGGGUGGUUCUUGGGGAGGUAGUCGUGGGAAAAGGCGCGGCCUGCGUCGGAGAAAAGGCAGUGAUGAGCCAAAGACUGUGUUUGCUGCUUUGAUGAUGAAAAGGAAAAAGGACCCAAAAUCCGAUAAAAAUGGUGAGUCUGAUGAUAAUUUGGAGGCCAAAGACGUUGUCAUGGAUUUGUGGGAGGACGAGAUGGCCGCGAUCGCGGGCAAAGCCAAAAUGAAAAGCAAGAAUAUUGUCAAAAAGAAGGUUCCAACAGGCCCAGACCUGCGGUUUCCACCAUCGUGGUCGCGUUUUCCAAGUCAUUCACGACAUGAGAGGAGUUUUAGUGCUGGACGACCUGAGAAUGUUGAAGCAAGGGACUUUGCCAUGACAAUUGCAGGUAAUGGUGAACCUACCUGGUAUCUUCAUGAACGGAAGCAUCACUUGUAUCAUUAUGAAGGUGAUGAUCACCCAUCUCAUGCGGAUGAUGCAAGAAAGAAGGGAGUUGUUGAAAAAGUGGCAAAGAAACUCAAAGAAGAAAUCAAGAAUUAUCAAAAUGCAGGUGAGCCGCCUGAGAUUGAAGAUACCUUCGGCAGAAGAAGCAGUCUUAACCCGACUUUGCAUCUGGAUCGUCCCGAGUUGGAGAUUCUGCCCAUGGAACUUCGAAGUGCGGCUCAGAUGGAACAGGAAGUCAUGGAACAACUAGCGGAACAAAAGAGGCUCGACAACCUUGCCGAUAUGGAUAUGGGGACCGUGGAUGGAAGUGUUGACGAGGAUAACGUACUACCACGAAGCGUCAGUAUUGCUGAUCCCAAAUUCUACGAUGAAUGUCUUGUGCACAGUAACAAGACUGGAUGGCCGAAACGGUCCGAAAGCAAGAAAGGAAAGUAUCGAACGUGGAGUGCGAAGGAUCUGGCGGAGUGGGAUGGGUCUGAACUGUGUGGAAGUGUGCGAAGUGGUUGUGGAAGUGGGAGGCGUCGAAGAAAGGAAGUGAGUUUGAGGAAGAGCACGGAUGAUUAUCAUGCGGAGUUGAAGGAGAUGGAGAGGUUGGAGAGAGAGAAGGUUUUGAGGGUUGUGGAGGAGGUUUGGGGGAGGAAGAAGGGGAAGGGGAAGAGUGAGAUGGUUGAGAAUAGUGUGAAGGAGGUUUCUCUUGAGAAGGACUUGUGA